AUGACUGUAAACACACGAAAACGAACGGAGAGAGAUUUCGGUAGCAAUCAGGCUGAAUCCUCCGCGCGUAAGCGUAGUAAGCGGGAUAAUUCCACUGAGGAAAGCCAUGAUACCACUCAGUAUGAACAGGACGAGAAAUGGCCUUAUAUUGAUAGUGAUGGCGAUUAUGAAUUGGAUCCGGACUAUGUGUCACCCCAUCGAAAUAACACAAUUGCAGGAUACCAAGCGCUGCAGCCUAUAGGGCACUCGGUCGAUGAGCAAGCAGAAGAUGGGGACAAUGAAGAUAAUGCGGACGACGCCAGCAGCGACGACGGAGACUAUAAAGAUGAACCGUAUGAGGACGAAGUAGACGACAACGACGAAAUGGGUCCACUAGAUGAAGAAGUGGAAGAAUGGAAAAAGGCGGAAGUCAAAAAAAUAGUUAAUAACAUCAACUCCACAGAGAAACGAAUCAGAUAUCUCAAGACCAGAAAGAGCAACGCCGAGAAACGCGCCAACGACAAAGCUGAAGAAUACACCAGGGAAUGGAACGCACGAAAUAAGGGCAGAUCAGAACUCGAUAAGAUCGAAGCCGCGAAAAGAGCGGCACAAGAUCAAGUCCAAAAUGCAGAGGACGAUCUAAUGAAGGCCCGAGAUCGGCUUGCCAAUCACCAAGCACGAAAGGCAGCUGUCGAACAGAAUGCACGACAGGAAUAUAUGGAGGCUGUUAGGACAAGGCGUGUCAGAAUCCCACGGACCAGAAAGGAGGAGCGCCAUUAUGACCCGGGAGACCUCGAUGACGGCGAUGAUUCACUUUCUGAUCAGAUAGCUGAUCAACUAGCGAUUGAGACUCGGAAGAAGCGGCAGAAGAAGAAAGAGCACGGGAAGGGGAAACAGCGGGCGAUUAAGGAUGAUAGUGAAGAGGGUGAGAACGAGGGUCCGAAACAUAAUCCAAAAAAGGAUUAUGCUCGUGCUUGUCGACGUUGUAGGCUCAAGAAAAAGCGCUGCGUAAUGAAUCCCGAAAAUACAGCCUGUGCGAACUGUAUCCAAGACGCCAAACGAUGCCGUCUUACGGACCACGUCACUGGCAAACAGAUCCAUGUCAACGAACUUCAGGAGACACAAGUCAAACUCGAUUCUGCCUUGAAUGAACUUGCCAGAUUUCGAGCAAUGUCUAAGAUAUCUAUAGGGUUGGAUAAUCCGCUUGCUGGGAUUACAGGCUAUGGACCACCGACACAGAAACGGGCAAUGCAAAAUUGGGCUCGAAUGAACCGCGGAUUGGAACCUUUGUCGCCUUUGUCUGCUCAAGCUAGUGGCUCUGGAGGGACUCCGGGGAAGCGGAAAUCACCAACUGACGGAAAUGAUAGCGAGUCCUCGCAGGCAGUGAAACGCCAAAAGACAGUACCACCACAGCCGAAGAAUUUCUCUUUCCAAAAUCAGACACAGGAGAGCUAUCCGACUUCAAGGCGCCGUAGAAGGCCAGGUGCGACAUUACGACGGGCCAAUGUACAGACGCAACAAAAGACUAAACGGGAAGAAGCGGCUGAAAAGCUGUUCCAGGAAGCUCAACAGCAGCGCCUGCUGUACCUACAGGCUCAGCAGGCUGAACCGCAGCAAGAGAAGGUUGAACAGCAGCAAAAAGCCACCAGGUAA